AUGACCCCAGAUCAGGACAAUGACCUCAGAACAGGACAAAGACCCCAGAACAGGACAAAGACCCCAGAACAGGACAAAGACCUCAGAACAGGACAAAGACCUCAGAACAGGACAAAGACCUCAGAACAGGACAAUGACCCCAGAACAGGACAAAGACCUCAGAACAGGACAAAGACCCCAGAACAGGACAAAGACCUCAGAACAGGACAAAGACCCCAGAACAGGACAAUGACCCCAGAACAGGACAAAGACCCAGAACAGGACGAAGACCCCAAAACAGGACAAAGACCUCAGAACAGGACAAAGACCCCAGAACAGGACGAAGACCCCAGAACAGGACAAAGACCCAGAACAGGACGAAGACCCCAAAACAGGACAAAGACCCCAGAACAGGACGAAGACCCCAGAACAGGACAAAGACCUCAGAACAGGACAAGGACCCCAAAACAGGACAAAGACCCCAGAACAGGACAAAGACCUCAGAACAGGACAAUGACCCCAGAACAGGACAAAGACCUCAGAACAGGACAAAGACCUCAGAACAGGACAAAGACCUCAGAACAGGACAAAGACCUCAGAACAUGA